AGUAAAAUAUGUUUUCUGCAAUAAAGGCAAUUCAGGAUUUCUAAACCCAAACCCCGCUGCCAAUGCCCAAAACUGCCAAAGCCCCCCAGGUUUGUGGCUGUGAGAAGGAUCAGGAGGUUUUUCCACCUGGCUGAGCAUUUCAUUGCAAAAUGUGUGAGCAGAUGAGAUCAGAGCCAGAUCUGAAGCAUCAAACCCAAACAUGUCCACGACAGCAGGUUCCAGCUCCCAUUAAAAUCAUUAGGGGAAGGUAAUGAAGGAAGUGUUAACUAACUGGAAGGAGUUUAAUUCCUGCUGCAAGAGCUGGGUGGGAGGGUCCCAGCAGUGAAACUGGUCCUCUGGGCUCCGAGAUGAAAGGGAAGGCGGAAUGUGCAGGUUGUGCCAGGCAGAGAUUUCGGUGAUUUUGCAAAGCAAGGAGGGUUUCAUCACUCGGGGAGUUGGGCUGUGGCUCAGCCCCCCCAGGCCAUCUCCAGGGCUCUAUAAAAGCAGCAGCUACCCAGGGCUGUUCCAUCUCACCCUCCUGCCUCUCUCCUCCACACCGGGAUCACCUCCCUCCCUGAAGAGAAGAUGUCCUGCUACGACGUGUGCCCCACCACCCCCAGCAUCUCCUGCCCCCAGCCCGUGGCCAACAGCUGCAACGAGCCGUGCGUGCGGCAGUGCCCCGACUCCACGGCCUUCAUCCAGCCGCCGCCCGUGGUGGUCACCUUCCCCGGGCCCAUCCUCAGCUCCUUCCCCCAGCAAGCCGUGGUGGGCUCCGCGGGGGCACCCGCCUUCGGGGGCUCCCUGGGGCUGGGGGGCCUCUACGGGGGCUCCCUGGGCUACGGGGCCCAGUUUGGGUCCGGGGCCCAGUUCGGGUACGGGAGCCCGGCCCUGGCCGCGCUCGGCAGCAGCUCCUGCGGCCCCUUCUCGUCGCGCCGCUACAGCCGCGUCCUCCGCAACGUCUGCGGGCCCUGCUGAGCCCCCA